GCUGCGGGCCGGUUCCGGUGAUCGCAGAGGAGGAGGUCUGUGUGUCAGUGUGCACCGUGCGCACCGGGCGUCUGUCCUUCUCCACCUCACCGAGGAGUCGUGUUAGAUUAAAGCGGAGAUUCACCGGGGAGCAGCCGGCUGUGUUUAACACUCAUUUUGAAGAAGAAGAAAAAGAAGAUGGACCCGCUGGUUGCUGCUAUUGAUCAGGGCACGAGCUCCACGAGGUUUCUGGUGUUCAAUGCAAAAACAGCUGAACUGAUCAGUCACCACCAAGUAGAGAUCAACCAGAGUUUCCCCAAAGAGGGAUGGGUGGAGGAGGACCCGCGGGAGAUCAUGCAGUCUGUUCACGAGUGCAUCGAGAGGACCUGCGAGAAGCUCUGCAAGCUCAACAUCGACGUCUCCAACAUCAAAGCGGUGGGAGUGACCAAUCAGAGAGAGACAACCCUGGUUUGGGACAAAGACACCGGCGAGCCGCUCUACAAUGCCAUCGUUUGGCUGGACCUUCGUACUCAGUCGACGGUAGAGAGGCUCAUUAACAAAGCUCCGGGAAGAAACAAGAACCACCUCAGGCAUAAAACAGGCCUUCCCAUCAGCACCUAUUUCAGUGCGGUGAAGCUGCGAUGGCUGCUGGACAACGUGGACGAGGUGCACGAGGCGUUCCUGAGCCAGCGUGCCAUGUUUGGCACGGUGGACUCCUGGAUCAUCUGGUGUCUGACAGGGGGAAAGAACGGCGGGGUCCACUGUACAGAUGUUUCAAAUGCCAGUCGCACCAUGCUCUUCAACAUUCACACCAUGGACUGGGAUCCUGAACUCUGCAGGUACUUUGACAUCCCGAUGGAAAUCCUGCCCAGCGUCAGAAGCUCGUCUGAGAUAUACGGCUGGAUGAAAUCCGGCUCACUUGCAGGAGUUCCAAUUUCAGGGUGUCUCGGUGACCAGUCGGCUGCUCUGGUUGGUCAGAUGUGCUUCAACGAAGGCCAGGCCAAAAACACGUAUGGGACUGGCUGCUUCCUGCUCAGAAACACAGGCACCAAGCCUGUGAUCUCAGACCACGGCCUGCUCACCACAGUCGCCUACAAACUGGGAAAAGACGAGCCGGCCUGCUAUGCCCUCGAGGGGUCGGUGGCCAUAGCAGGGGCAGUGGUGCGGUGGUUGAAGGACAACAUGGGGAUGGUGCAGUCGUCCUCAGAGAUCGAGAAACUGGCAGCAGCAGCAGGAACGUCGUACGGCUGUUACUUCGUGCCAGCUUUUUCUGGGCUCUACGCCCCCUACUGGGAGCCCAGCGCAAGAGGCAUCAUCUGUGGGCUCACACAGUUCACCAACAGGAACCACUUGGCAUUCGCUGCUCUGGAGGCCGUCUGCUUCCAGACCAGAGAGAUUCUUGAUGCAAUGAAUCAGGACAGCGGGGUCCCUCUGACGCAGCUUAAGGUGGACGGAGGGAUGACGUCAAACAGAUUAUUGAUGCAGCUGCAGGCCGACAUCCUCUGCAUCCCUGUAGUUCGACCCACCAUGUCCGAGACCACAGCUCUGGGUGUAGCCAUGGCGGCGGGGGCAGCAGAGGGCGUAGGCGUAUGGAGCCUGAGUCCUGGUCAGCUCCCACAUGUCACAUCUGAGAGAUACGAGCCUCAGAUAAACUCUGAAGAGAGCGAGUACCGCUUCGCUCGCUGGAAGAAGGCCGUCCAGAAAGCCAUGAACUGGGAGACCACAGAGCCCUGCUACAAUGGCAGCGGUUUAGGAAAGAAUAUGAACGGUGCACCCUGGGGGGUCCAUCCCAGCCCUCCCCCCAGCAGAGUGGACCACUAAGGUCACUCGCAGUAACUUUAAACCGUGUGGAGCCACAUUUUGGUGGGAACAUGAAGAUUGUGGAGUACGGUGAUGAUGGGACUGGACGACUGCUCGAUCCAGCCUGCGGUCAUCUUCUGUGACGUGCAGCCUCCCAAAUGCUCUGAACAUCCAGCGAGCUUUUCACGAAGAACGACGCCACCUGCAGCCAGGAACAGUUUCUACACCGUCCAGUUAAAACAAACACGCCUUCAACACAGAGACUGCUGUAACUCCUCACUGCACCCAAAGGGAACCCUGGACUUUAUUUUGAAUGUGUUCUGUACAUGAUGUUGAUGUUUAACCCCCAAACACGGAACAGAAGUCACUCAUGGAGGGGACGAGUACUUUUAAGUCAGAAAACCGUCCUUUAAAAAAAGAAAAUUCAUUGUAACUUACUGCACUUCAAUAACUGCAAUCUGAAAGCCAGCUAAUUCUUAACAGCACUUUAUAAUUUAUCCUGUUUGUGGAAAACAAUUUUUUUAAAAUCA